AUGAAAGGUGAAAACCUCACCAUGGUCACUGAAUUUGUGUUGAUGGGUUUUUCGAGCCUUGGUGAAAUUCAGCUGGCCCUCUUUGUGGUUUUUCUCCUUCUGUAUAUUGUCAUUCUCACUGGUAAUGUCACUAUUAUUAGUGUCAUCUGCCAGGAUCAAAGCCUUCACACCCCAAUGUACUUCUUCCUCGGCAUUCUCUCAACAUCGGAGACAUUCUACACCUUUGUCAUCCUUCCCAAGAUGCUCAUCAAUCUUCUUUCUGUGGCCAGGACAAUCUCCUUUAUCUGUUGUGCCAUUCAAAUGUUCUUCUUUCUUGGUUUUGCUAUUACCAACUGCCACCUAUUGGGAGUGAUGGGUUAUGAUCGCUACUCUGCCAUCUGUCAUCCUCUGCAUUACCCCAUCCUUAUGAAUUGGCAGGUCUGUGGAAAAUUGGCAGCUGCCUGUGGAAUUGGAGGCUUUUUGGCCUCACUUACAGUAGUAAAUUUAGUUUUCAGCCUCCUUUUCUGUGGUGCCAACAAAGUCAACCACUACUUCUGUGACAUCUCCCCAGUCAUUCAUCUGGCUUGCACCAAUACAGGUGUUCAUGAAUUUGUCAUAUUCAUCUGCGGGGUUCUUGUACUUGUGAUCCCAUUUUUGUUCAUCUGUGUUUCUUAUCUCUGCAUUCUAAGGACGAUCCUAAAGAUUCCCUCUGCUGAAGGCAGACGCAAAGCUUUUUCCACCUGUGCUUCUCACCUCACUGUUGUUAUUGUUCAUUACGGCUGUGCUUCCUACAUCUACCUGAGGCCAACAGCAAACUAUGUGUCCAGCAAGGACAGGCUGAUGUAUACCAUUGUGACUCCAUUAUUAAACCCUAUGGUAUAUAGUCUCAGAAACAAGGAUGUCCAAGUUGCUCUCAAAAAAGUGUUAGGAAGGAAAGGAUAUAAUUGA